AUGACCAUAGAGCAAACAUUGAUGAGAUCCAAGAAAAGCAUUGGUGGACUGACACAUGGCAGAGGAAUAAGAGAAUCUGUUCUAACUAAAUGGACUCUGGGGAUGACCCAUAUGCAGAACAUAUGUGAUGAACUUGAGGCAUUUGCUGGCGCUUCCUUUGGAACAAGUGAACAGCAUGUGGAUUCAAGGAUCUCACGCAUCAACCGAGACACUAAAGAUGCAGCCAAGCUUCAAGAGUGGUUAUCAACACAUCACCCUUUCCCUGAGAACAGCUAUGUCAUGUCUAUCAGCAGUGGCAUCAUUGAAGGAAGCGAAGUCAAUUGCCAUAUGGCCAGAGAGGUUGGUAGUUUGGGAAUCAAGAGAAUCAUAGGAGAUAAUUUUGCAGCAGUGAAAUUCAGGAGGAAAGAUGAAGUUACAUCACUGGCGACUGUUGACAAUGGUUUGAGAUUAGGCAAUGUCAAAGUAACCACAGUCAAUCCACUCACACUAUUCCAAAGAGUAUGCUUGUUGAAACAAAGCGAUUCUGAUAUUCAAGAUCUGCUGACAUAUGAACUUGCUCCAUACCCCAUGUCUUUGUUCACAGAGGAAGGAAUAAGAAAAGGAACAAAAUCAUCUUUCUAUUAG